AUGAAGUCUCCGAGUCCGGCAGGCACAACACCCCCCGGCGAUCGCACCACCUCAGGCGCUGGUAUCGAUGCCGUCGUCCGUUCGGCUUCAAGUCUCAUCAAGGAUGUCAACGCCGAAUUCCAUCGUGAGAUGGAAGAGGUACUGUCGCCUCGCACCGCCGCUCUCGUCGCGGCGUCGGAAUCCGCCAAGGAGAUGGAGUACGUUGAUACUCCAACACGCCGCCCGCCCCGGCAAAAGCGCUCGCUGCCCGCGCCGGUUCCAUGGUCGCCCCCAGUUCACCCGGCGCCCACAAAGCCGCUGCCUCCUGUUCCCCAGAAGAAGUCAACGCGGUCGAAUACUCCUUCUCGCACGUCCGUUAGUGCCGACAAUGGCCCCUGCCCAGCUCUCACUCAAGCGCCGGCACCCCCUCAAUCUCCUCCCCCUCCUCCCCCCGUCCAUACGGCCGGACCCAACUUCUACGACCCGUAUCCGCCGCCAAGAGUCAUCUGGACGAACGGAGACGUUACCGUUUCCGACUUCUCGAUCCCGAAGCGCAUUGUUCGUCCCACGGCCUCUAUGACAGCGAUCUCUCUACGUCCGCCUACUCUCAUAAACCAGACUCAGAAGGUCCGUCGCCCGGAGUCGGCCGCAAACUUCCAGAGUCCUGCAACUGCCGAAGCACCGUCCCGAUCGCGUACUCCAGGCAAGGUGGUCUCUAUGGCUGAGCUCAAAGAGCGAGUAGAGGCGGAGUCUAGUGACGGCAGCGGCAGCGAUGAGGCUAUUGGCCUGAAAACCUUCCUUAGUGAGGACGUCGCCGUUGCUCCCGUGUCAGCCAAUGAGAAUAAAGAGAAGAACGGGAAGCCCGAGAACCGUGACAAGUCCGACAGAUCCAACAAGUCUGGGACGUCCGAGAAGUCCGAGAGGUCCGAGAAGUAUAAUGAGGGCAGCAAGAAGAAAUUGUUCGGAAAGCUUUUUCGUAGAAACAAGAAGGACGGAGAGAUGUAG